AUGAUGAAGAAGGACACCAAAGCUUGUCCGAUUGCCCACGAACCUUAUUUCCUUGGAGUUUUGCCUAGAAUCAAUGCUGAAGUGAGUUUUUUUUGUUUUUCUUUAAAUUGUAGGAGUUUUGGAAGCUUUUUGGAUAUUUGGGAAAAUCCAUAGGCAUUUUUGGCAGCUUUUUUACAGUUUUAAACGAUGGAUAAUAUCUUUUAGAGCUGUCUGUUAAAGAAAGGCGACUUCGGAGUCCGUAUCGAUGUGAAGAAGAAGUCGUUUGUGACGAUGAUCAAAGGCGAAAGCUCGGUUCAUCAUGAAAGACUGUCAGAUGAAGGCGGUCGAUGGUUUUCGGUUCGAAAACCUAAAAGAAAAUUCAACACAAUACAAGAGUUUGUGAAGCAUCACAAGAAGAAUGCUUUUUUGUUUGAUGGAGAAGAAGUGACGGUCAGCAAUGUUAACACUCGACCGUUCUGGAUGCUGCCGAAGAGCGAGUUACAGUUGGAAAAGACUGUAUUGGGUAGGAUUUUUUGGAUUUUUUUAAUUGGAUGGUUCGUUGAGAUGUUAGGGUUAGUUUGUUUAUUAUUAGGGGUUGUAGGUAUGUUUUUAAAGCUAAUAUAAGCUUGAUGAAAUAAAAAUUUUUCUUUAAAGGAACUGGAGAAUUCAGCACAGUGCAGGCCGGAAGCUACAAAAGGUUACUGAAGUUGGCAGUGAAAAUAUGCAAGGAUACAGGCGAAGGUAAAGUUUUUUUUUGUUUUAUUAUUUAACAAAUGUGUUUCUGUUACUUUAAAUUUAUUGUAAGGUGAGUUCUUUGGUUUAUUAUGUAAGAUUAUUGUAUUUUUUUUAUGAAUUUGACAAAACAAAACUCAAUAUUUAGAUGACGAAGUUGAGGAACAGAACGCUGAAAUGGUCAUGGAAGCUAUUGUAAUGAAGGACUUCAAACAUAUGCAUGUUAUUAAUGUAGGUUAGGUUAUGGAAGUUUAAAAUUUAGGUUUGUAUGGUAAGAUAUGGUAGGGUAGGGUUAAGUAGGGCAGUUCAGGGUGGGGUAAGGUAGAGUUGGGUAUGUAAGAUGAGUAGGGCAGGGUAAUCUAACAGGCUUCAGUUCAGGGUUGGGUAGAGUAAGAAAGAGUAGGGUACGGUAAGGUAAGGUACGCUACUUAAGGGUAGGGUAUGGUAAUUAAAGUUGACAUUUUUAGUUUUACGGCAUUAGCUGCGACGAGUCUCCGAUUAUGAUAGCCAUGGAGUUCUGUCCAGGUGGUUCUCUCUCAUCUCACUUGAAGAAACAACUUGAUGCCAUUACAGUAGGAGAAAGAGUACGGUAUUGCUACGAAACGGCAGUGGGAAUGGAGUUUUUGCACACAAAGUAAGUAUCUACUCGAAUUUUUAAUUUUACUUUUUAUUGGAUAUUAUAGUCAGUAUGGUACCUGAUAGUACUAGAUGGCAGUUUUUAGUGGUAGAUAAUACUGAAUCUUUAAGGUUAUAGGUGAGUUUGGGAGUUUUAUGAUUUUUUAUGCGUUAUGUUAUACAAAUAGGGGUAGUUUAAAGCAAAAUAAAAAUUUUUGUUGAGAAAAGUAAAAAUUUAUUCUAGACAACUAAUCCACCGUGAUUUGGCAGCCAGAAACGUGCUGAUCAGCCAGUAUGGUCUGCUGAAGAUUAGCGACUUUGGCAUGAGCAAGGUCGUUAACGUAUUGGCUGGAGAACGAGUUCGAAACCACAAGAAACCGCUACGUUGGACUGCUCCAGAAGCGAUAAGUGAUGAUGCACCUUGCUAUUCGUGGGCUAGUGAUGUUUGGUAAGAAUUGGGGUAUUUUUCUAAUUUUUCUGAUUUUUUAAUUUUUUUAUACCUAAAAUUAAAAAAAUUUUUGAUAUUAAAAUUUGGAAAAGUUUUGUCGUUUUUAUGUGUGUUGUUAAGUGUAUAGUAGUGUAGGUAAGUGUUGGAUAUUUGAUGUUUUUUUGACAAUUUUUAAAUUAAAAAUAAAAAAAAAACUGACAUUUCAGGGCAUGGGGAGUAAUGUUGUACGAGAUUUUUGGUAACGGUGCACAACCUUUUGCCGCAAUGGACAACAACAAAGUAACGGAUAUGAUUGGCAGCUGCAAGAUGAUGCCUAUGCCAGAGAAAACCCCAGAAGACAUUCAGGAAAUGAAUAAGAAGGGCAUCUUUGUAAAGGAUACGAAAGAACGAUUGACAUUCGCAAAGAUUGUCGUUUUGCUCAAGAGCUUGGAGACCAAACAUCCACCACCAGCGCUUGGGCAGGUAAGAGUCGGGUUGGAGAUGGGGUUGGUAAGAUGGUUUUUUGAGUUGGGGUGGAGUAGGGUAGAAUAGGUCUGUGCGAGUUAAGUUAGGGUAGGGUAGAGUAAGAUUAGGUAGGGUACAGUAAAGUAAGGUAGUGUAGGGUAUGGUAAGGUAAAGUAGGGUAGGGUAAGAUAAAAACGUUUAUUACAAUUUAGGUACUUAUAAAAACCAUUUUCAGGCAACAGUAUUCCAACUGCCCGGCGUAGAAUCAAUUGACCCAAAAGACCUAGAGCAAAUCCUCAAGGGCAUCAACCGUCUCUUCAAAGACAAAGCAGCGGCACAAGCAUCUCUAGCCCUUGGCAAAACACCAUCAAAAGGCACAGCACUAUCAAACUCAGCAGAAGACCCAAAGCAACCGCGGAAGAAGGGCACCUCUAGUGCAGAAUCCUGCAAAACCCAAGUUUUGAUGUCCAAAGGCAUGAAGAAUCGAAAGAUAAAGUCUCCAGACUCGAAGAAACCAAGAUCUAAAACAAGUAAACCCAAGAAGAAGUCACUUUCGUCCACAGCAUCUGAUGAAGACGCCAAAGGGAAGCAGAAGAAAAAAGAAUCUCAAAUAAAUGACAAGGGCUGA